ACACUGUUUGAAAAUGACAUUUUUACCUCGAAACUCCUCUGCCAUUGAUUUUACCCUCUUUUACUUUCAUUUGCUUUUAUCGUAUCACCCUAAAUCCUUAAAAUAACCCUAAAUAAAUUUAAUAGGUGCUCAACGACGCAGAUGGAAGAGUUACUCGAAAUCGAGAGGUACCAUUACCUUCUACGGUGCGGGGACUCUGGUUCUCUCCUCGCUGAAUCUCUUCCCCUGUGUCGGCGUCACACCGUCAAAUUUUCCUCGAUGAAACUCUUCCCCUGCGCUGGUGACACACCGUCGAACCUCACAAGCAGAAUAUGAGAUCUAAUGAGACACGACGCCGACUUGAGCAAAAUGAAAACUUUAAACAAUGCGGAGUGACAUGACGCGGUUACACGGGAUUGAGUAGGGUUGAGAUUAAGCUUCUCGAGGGUGUAAGGCUUUUUUUGAACGUGGGGAGGAACAAUCAAGCUCCUACUUUACCCUGUCUAGAACUUGCAAAACUCUAGGGUUGGAGGUGAUAAAAUAGAGGCUAAUGGGCUUCCUUGAGGAUUAUCAAGCCAGUCUGGAAUCUUUGCCUGCCAUGCUCCAGCGAACCUAUGCAUUGAUACGAGAGCUUGAUACGAGUUUAUUAGGUUGCCAGCGGCAGACUGAACAACACUGCGGGCAAGAAAUAGAUGAAAUUAAGCGUGGAAUUGAAACUGGUAAUGUCGCACCUGACAUGUCGCUCAUCAAAUUUUCUGAUGAAGCCAUUGAUGCACAAAACCAUUGCAUUCGAAUUGCCGAUGAAAAAGUGGCUUUGGCGGCUCAGGCGUACGAUAUGGUUGACACCUAUAUCCAACAGCUUGAUCAGUAUAUGAGAAAAAUGGAAGAGCUUCGUCUAGAAAGGGAACUCGCUGCCACUGCAUCUCCUGGAGUUACUGCUGACACUUCCACAAAAUCUGGAAAAGCUGGAGUAAGCGGCAGGGGUGGUCGAAAGAAGGCCCGACAAGUGGCGGUGGAGCUUCCGAACAUAGACUUGGAAUUACCGGUCGACCCAAAUGAACCCACUUACUGCUUCUGCAAGCAAGUCAGCUAUGGGGAGAUGGUCGCCUGUGAUAACCCUGAUUGCAAGAUCGAAUGGUUCCAUUAUGGGUGCGUCGGUUUGAAAGAACAACCGAAAGGGAAAUGGUAUUGUCCUAAUUGUGUCGGGCUGCCAAAGCGUCGGAAAGGUAAGUGAGAAUUGGCUGUGUAGUGGAUGCCCUUAAAAGGAGCUUUAGAUAUGAGAUCAGGUGCUUUGAAUCCUUUAGUCAUAAAUCUGCUCUGUGCAUGAUCAUUCUGUAAAUCAAGAUUAGUAUAGAAGUUUCUGUAUGAUUGAGUUGUUUCUAAGUUUUUGCUGCAAUUUAUGAGGCAGUUACUGUUUUAAGCACUGAAUGCUCCUCUCUACCUGAAGUUGGAAGAUGGUUAGAUCCAGUCAGUUCUUCAAUAAUCAAAAUUGUAAUCAUCAAUGGUUUUCCAUUUUGUACAAUGUUUUUUGCCUGAUGACACUAAUAAUGUUAUUUUCUUUUUGUUGCAUUA